AUGCACACUACGUUUAAGAAACGCGCUAAGGAAGAGCGCAUCAUGAUAGUGUACUGGAGUUUAGGUAUCGCGGAUUCGAUUCCGGACUCGUGGCCAGAUGAGCUCAGUACUGAUAUCAACAUGCAGCAUCCAAUCAACGUGUCUGAUGGCCUCCACAGCUAUGGCGCUUAUAUCACUAGUUCACCGCCACCUCUUAGUCCUGAAGGCCGUACUAAUGAUGACGACGCGAUCGUCAACAUCAUACAGAGUGCCGAGGAGUUUGUGUACGUCUCCGUCAUGGACUACGGCCCCGUGUUGGAAUAUGCGCCCAAACUUAAAUUCUGGCCUAAAAUCGACGACGCGUUACGUCGCGCGGCGCUCGAGGCGCGCGCGCGCGUGCGGCUGCUGGUGAGCUGGUGGCGCCACUCGCAGCCCGCGGAGGACCACUUCCUGGCGGCGCUGGCGGCGCUGCGCGGCGCCUACCCGCGCGUCGACUUGCAAGUGAGACGCUUCAUAGUGCCCUCUACACCCGAACAAGACAAGAUACCGUACGCGCGCGUCAACCACAACAAGUACAUGGUGACGGACAAAACCGCUUACAUUUCUACUUCCAACUGGUACGGGGACUACUUCGUGGACACCGCCGGCACUUCUUUUGUUUAUAACAGCAACAAUAACAAUCAUUAUAAUAAUAAUAUUACUAAUUACAUAGAUAUAAGGACGCAACUAGUUGAAGUCUUUGAAAGGGAUUGGAACUCCCCAUAUGCAGUCCCGUUGAGGAAGUUA